CUCUGAAUGAAACUCUCCCAAAUAGAGAGAAUGGCCUAAUUAACAACCCAUCCAACCCACAUCGAGGGCGCACUUGGCUUCAUCCCCACACCAAUUUCUCUAUCUCUAAGAUUUUGUGUUCUUGUUUUGAAUCAUGCAACAUUCUUCCAUGUGUGCUUUGAUAUUCUGGGCCCUUUCUCUCCUCGCCGCCUCCACUCUUGCUUCUUCAUCAAAUGAUGGAUCUUUCUACGACUCUACUGCCUAUACAGAGUGUAAAGCAGAAGCAGAGAAGCCACUUUACAAUGGAGGAAUGCUGAAGGACAAAGAACCUUCCGUCUUAGGGAGAGACACUCUCACAGGCGUUGGUGCUCGUUACACACCAGCUUACAUAUUGCACAAUCUCACGCAGAACACCAUCUAUUGCUUCUCCAUUUGGGUGAAGAUAGAGUCUGGAGCUGCAUCAGCUCGUGUAAGAGCAAGGCUGAGAGCAGACAACACCACUUUAAACUGCGUCGGUUCUGUAUCUGCAAAACAUGGUUGCUGGUCUUUCCUCAAAGGCGGCUUCCUUCUUAGUUCUCCUUCUAACCUAUCCAUCCUCAUCUUUGAGGCAUCAGAGGACGAUGGCAAAAUGCAAUUACAAGUGGCGAGUGCCUCUCUUCAGCCCUUCACGCAAGAACAAUGGAGGAACAGCCAAGAUUACUUCAUUAAUACCGAGAGAAAACGAGCAGUGACGAUUCACGUGUCCAGAGAAAACGGAGAGAGCGUCGAAGGAGCAGCGGUGACAGUAGAGCAGAUCUCUAAAGACUUUCCCAUUGGAUCUGCCAUCUCCAAAACUAUCCUCGGAAACAUUCCUUACCAAGAAUGGUUCGUCAAGAGAUUUGACGCUACGGUGUUCGAGAACGAGCUGAAAUGGUACGCGACGGAGCCUGAUCAAGGCAAACUCAACUACACAUACCCUGAUCAGAUGAUGAGUUUCGUCAGAGCCAACAGAAUCAUCGCUCGCGGCCACAACAUCUUCUGGGAAGAUCCCAAAUACACUCCCGAUUGGGUUCGUAAUCUAACCGGAUCAGAUCUCCGGUCGGCGGUUAACCAGCGUAUCAGGAGUCUUAUGACUCGGUACAGAGGAGAGUUCGUGCACUGGGACGUGAGCAACGAGAUGCUUCACUUCGACUUCUACGAGACCCGCCUGGGGAAGAACGCGUCCUACGGCUUCUUCGCGGCGGCGCGUGAGAUUGACUCGCUGGCGACUCUGUUCCUGAACGAUUUCAACGUGGUGGAGACUUGCAGCGACGAGAGGUCGACGGUUGACGAAUACAUUGCGAAGGUGAGGGAGCUCCAACGGUACGAUGGCGCGCAGAUGGACGGGAUCGGGCUCGAGGGUCACUUCACAACGCCGAACGUGGCGCUGAUGAGAGCCAUCCUCGAUAAACUUGCGACGCUCCAGCUCCCGAUCUGGCUCACCGAGAUUGACAUCAGCAGCAGCCUCGACCACCGCACUCAGGGGAAUUAUUUGGAGCAAGUGUUACGUGAAGGGUUCUCACACCCGUCGGUGAAUGGUAUAAUGCUAUGGACCGCACUGCAUCCAUACGGAUGUUACGAAAUGUGCCUCACCGACGAUAAAUUCAGGAACCUUCCAGCCGGAGACGUGGUCGAUCAGAAGCUUGUAGAAUGGAAGACCGGUGGGGUUAAGGCGACAACAGACGACCAUGGUUCCCUAACCUUCUACGGCUUUUUGGGAGAGUAUAGCGUCGGCAUCGUAUACCAAGGUAAAUCGGUUAGUACGACUUUCUCGCUAUCUCGAAGCCCUGAGACCAAACAUGUUAGACUCCAAAUCUAACCUCUAUGCUUUUAAAUUAUCGCCUCGCUCGCUCCUCUUAAGAAGAUACGGUGUUAUUCUUAUUUGAAAAAGAGAUACGUACUCAUGAUACAUACGUUAAAUUGAUAUUUUGAUUAUACAUAUAUAUACAGUAAAGCUUACAAAUUUUCAAAUUGAAUGUCUGGGUGGGGACAAAAGUAAGUAAAAAAGAAAAAAAAGACGAGAGAUUUUGUGGCGUGGGAGAACUAUUUUUUUUAUAUAUAAAAACUAAAAUUUAUGACAUACUGUAUAAUAUAGAGACAUCAAAUCAGACAUAAAUCCCUGCAAAGUAACUUGAAAAAAGCUAAAGUGGAAUCAUUCAUAUCACACACAGCGCUCCAUCCAUUAUCAGUGACAGUGAGCCCCAGUUUGGCUCUGGCGACACCAUUAUCCUGAAAUUAACUUGUUGGAAAACAAAUGCUCACUUUAGAUCUACUAAACCCUAAAAAAAAAUCCAUUGAUUCACAAAACAUAUUUCACAAUUUCGAACAUGAACCAUCUUUCAAAAGACAGAUGAAACAAGGACACGCACACACGACAUAUUAAGCUACGAUGCAAAAACCCAAACUGUUGCAGUCUUAAUAAGGGAAAAAAAAAAAA